AUGAAGCGGCGAACUGCGGAGGUAAGUAAAGUUCGCCGUUCAGUGAAGAAGACACGCAUUACCGAUACAAUAUAUGGAAGGGUUUCGAGGUUAACUUUAAUUGGCCGUUUUCUUGUCACUUGGGUUUCAGUGCUAGCACUGGAUACUUUAAUAAAUUUUCGUUUUGAGUUUCUUUGGCCCGUAUGGCUAUUAAUGAAAGAUACUUACGAAAUUUUAAAGUAUCAAGGAUUGGAGGCUACAAUAUUACUGACUGGACUGACUGUAAUAGCGGAUUUCCUAUUACUAAUCAUGUUUCCUACGCGGUGGCUCUUAUUCACUGCUAGCACGUAUAAUUGUAUGCAGAUAGCGUGUCAUUCUGAACGGUUGAAUUUAGCGACCUUAUUUAUUUGGAUGGUAUUUGUAUAUAAUGAAGCAACGGUGAGAGCUAUCCAUUUACCAAUUUAUUUAGAAUUAUGUCUCCCAUUAGCUGCACAUAGCAUUGGGCAUUCGUUGGUGACGAUAGGGCGUGGAAUAAUAAAUUAUUUAAAAUAUCAAAUGAUAAGAAAUAAACAGUUGCAAAUUCACAGAGAUAAAGCUAUCAUAUCAUCUAUCAAUCAAUUAAUACCUACGACUUCAAACGAGCAUACAAAAGAAGCUCUUAAUCGGAUUGCGGGAACAGCAGCUAGCGAUCCAUCAUUAAGUGCCGCAGUGGCCGAAAAAUUGCAAGAUUGGGCGCUAAGAUUUUCGAAUAUGAUAAAACAUAAGACGACGACUGUACAAAGUAUACAUAAAUCAAAAGUCAAAUCUAAUCCAGAUAAUAACGUGAUUAAUGCUAGAAGAAAUGAAGACUUGACUGAUAAAAUUAACAAAACUGUAGAUAAAAAAAGUGUCUCCGACAGUGAUAGUAAUGUCAUAAUAAAGACAAUUAAUCAUACAAAUCGUAGUUCCAGUGCUAAGAAUUUUGCAGGAAAAGUCAUGGAGACUUCUCCGGCUAUUGUAUCAUCAAAGAAUUUAUCGAAAGAUGAGGUAGACGACGAUUACGUAUUGCCUACAAAUCCGAGAUGUGAUCAAAGUUCUGCAGCCUUAUCAGAAAAGAAUAAUAAAACUGAGAUAAAUUAUGAGAGUAGAGAGUGUAAACCUGAGCAAAUCGAACUAGAUUCUUUAGUAAUUCAGUAUCAAGAGGAGAAAGCUGCCAGGCUAAAGGCCUCGUCCAUCAUAACUAAUCUUGAAAUUGAAAUAAAAAAAGUCAAAGAUGACCUAAAGCAAAAAGACUAUGUCGAACAAGAGCUUCGUCAGCAACUAAAAUUAGUAGAAGAGUCCAGGCGUACAGAGGCUGUUAAAGAAGAUUUGAAGAACUCAAGUGGCAAUCGAAAUAGGAGUUUAUCAAGCGCCAACAAAGAUAGUCACUCUAAAAAGAAUGAUAAAAAGUCUAAAGUUGAAAGUAGUUGGCAAAAGAAAAUGGAGCCAAAUUUAGCAAUUAAUAUAUCUCAUGAUAGUUGCCGCUUGACUCAAGCUACGUUGGAAAAGGAGAAGGGUAUGCUAUUGACGCAACUUCAUGAGCGACAAGAUCAGCUUAGAAAUGCCCGACAGGAAUUUGAAGUCUAUAGGCAUCAAAAUCAGACGGAAAUAUCAAGAAUGAAAAAAGAAAUAGAAUCGUUAAAAUGUAACAUUUCAUCACAGCAAGAAAAGAAUAUUAAAUUAGAAAAUGAUUUAAAAUCUGAAACUCGAAUAAAAAUGGAUAUGUUUGAGCAUAUGGGAAUCGCAAAGCAUGAAAAAGAACUCAUUGAAGCCCAAUUGCAGAAGCGUGACAGAGAAAUUACGGCACUGAGAGCAGAGAUGGUUGAAUUAAUGGCAGUAGGUAGUAUACUGCAACCAUCCAAUGGUGUCACCAAUUUUGGAUCGACCGAAAUUUCGCCGAUAGUUACAGCGAGUCCGCAUUUUAUUGGCCAUCAUCGUCCUAUGAUGGUUGAUUCAUUGCAAUCGAAUACUCACGAUUCAAAUCGAUAUCCGUCUGGUGUUACAGGCCAUAUUGAAAAAGAUCGCAAGUAG